UAAAGCAGGAAAUCAUGAGUCGUGACAAUCGGAGAGGUAUUUUCAAAGCUACUUCAUCUAAGCCUGCAAGAGAAUACAAUAGAUCUCUUGUAGAUGAUAAUGAGCAGAAUUUGGCUAUGGUGACCAUAGCCGACGACGAUGCAGCUCCCGACGGAUCGGUCUACGCCCCGAUCGUGUCGUCCUACAACGACAGGAUCCGCCCACUGCUGGACGCCGUGGACAGGCUCCGCCACCUCAAAAUCAUGCAGGAAGGCAUCCAGCUUCCGACCAUCGUGGUGGUCGGCGAUCAGUCCUCCGGCAAGUCCAGCGUCCUCGAGUCCCUCGCCGGAAUCAGCCUCCCGAGAGGGCAGGGCAUCUGCACCAGAGUCCCGCUCAUCAUGAGGCUUCAGAAUCACCAGAAUCCUCAGCCGGAGCUCUUCCUCGAGUACGACGGGAAAGUGGUCCCCACCGACGAAGAGCACAUCGCUCAGGCCAUCGUGGAGGCCACCGACGAGAUCGCCGGCCAGGGGAAGGGCAUCUCCAACCACCCCCUCACGCUGGUGGUGAAGAAGAGGGGCGUGCCCGAUCUCACCAUGGUUGAUCUCCCCGGAAUCACUCGAGUUCCGGUUCACGGCCAGCCGGAAGACAUCUACGAGCAGGUCUCCAGAAUCAUAAUGGAAUAUAUCACUCCCGAAGAGAGCAUCAUUUUGAAUGUCUUAUCGGCAAGCGUCGAUUUCUCCACCUGCGAGUCUAUCAGGAUGUCGCAGCGCGUCGACAAGACGGGGCAGCGGACUCUCGCCGUCGUCACCAAGGCGGAUAGGUCGCCGGAGGGGUUAUUCGAGAAAGUGACGUCCGACGAUGUCAACAUAGGCCUCGGCUACAUCUGCGUGAGAAAUCGCAUCGGCGACGAGUCUUAUGAGGAAGCUCGCGCUGAGGAGGCGUGUCUCUUUCACACGCACCCUCAGCUCUCCAAAAUAAGCAAAUCCAUGGUCGGGAUUCCGAUUCUGGCGCAUAAGCUGGUGCAGGUGCAGGCGAACAUCAUCGUGAAAUGCUUGCCGGGGAUCGUGCAAAAGAUAAACGAGAAGCUGUCUUCAAAUGUGGAUGAUUUGAAUAAGCUGCCCCGGAACAUGACGUCCGUGGCGGAGGCCAUGACGGCAUUCAUGCACGUGCUCGGCGCCGCCAAAGAAUCUUUGAGGAAGAUUCUGUUGAGAGGAGAAUUUGAUGAAUAUCCUGACGAGAAUGAGAUGCAUUGCACGGCCCGGCUGGCGGAGAUGCUCAAUCAGUACUCCAAGGAUAUGCAGGCCAGGGGAGAGGAGGCGGACGCCGCCAACGCCAACGGCGUCGCCUUCCUGCAGGAUGAGAUCAGGGUUUUGGAGGAGACGAAAUCGAUCGGCCUCCCCAAUUUUCUGCCUAGAGCUGCAUUCCUGACGCUGUUGCAGAAGAAGGUGAAGGCGAUCUCCUUCACACCUCUAGAGUUCGUGGACAAGAUGUGGAGCUACAUCGAGAACGUGGUGGUGGCGGUGCUGAUGCACCACUCCGACAACUACCCGCAGCUGCUCACCUCCACGAGGAGGGCGGCGCAGGAGCUCAUGGCCCUGAAGAAGCAGCAGUCAGCGGCGUGGGUGGCGGACUCCGUCGAGAUGGAGAAGCUCUCCGACUACACGUGCAAUCCGGACUACAUGGCGCUGUGGAACAAGCUGAUGUCGCAUCAGAACGCGUUCGUCGAGAUCCUCAACGACCACUCCAAGCCCACGAACCUGCACAUCGACGGGUUCGGGGACGUGGACGUGGGCCACCUGAGGGGGCAGGCGGUGGUGGUGCAGGAGGCGUUCGACCUCAAGAUGAGGCUCACGGCCUACUGGAAGAUCGUGCUGAGGAGGAUGGUGGACUGCAUGGCGCUGCAUCUGUUGUUCAGCAUUCAGAAGCUCAUUAAUAAAGAAAUGGAAGCUCAAAUCAUAAAUGAAAUGAUAGGAGAGGGGAAGGGUUUGGAGAGGAUGCUGGAGGAGUCUCCCGCGGUUGCGAAUAAGCGGGAGCGGCUGACCAAUAGCAUAAAGCUGCUCAAGGAGUCCAAAGAUGUGGUUUCAAAGAUCAUGGACCAAGUUUCUGCUCUCACACUGGGGAAGUAG